AUGGCUGAGCGCAAGGACCCACCGGUGCGAGGCACGUCGUGCGUGCUGCGGCCCGAGCCGCCGGAGCCACCGGAGCUACCGGUCUUCGCACGACAGUCCUUCACGUCGCCCGAGACUCCCCGGGUCACAAAGCUGCAGGCCGACUUUCACAAGGUGGAGAAGGUUGUAGAAGCCAAGUUGGGUAGCUCGAAGGAGAAGGUUGCCUACAUGCUUGAGACAGAUAUGUUUAUCAAUGUCAUGACCGUCAUCAUUGUGAUCGAUUGCGUUUGUGCUUUGGUCGCGACUGACUCUCGCGCGAUGGAGACCGACCCACCCUUCUACACGGAGCUUUUAUCACAUCUAUGCCUGGUGAUCUACUCAGCUGAGUUGCUUGCGAUUCUUGGACUGAAGGGAGUUGCAGCCCUGAAGCGCAAGUCCAUCCUCUUUGACGCCUUCUGUGUGCUUUGCAGCUACAUGGUGUUUUGUUUCCAGAUCUUUGAGUCUUUCGGAGGAUCGAGCUGGGGUUUUGUGAGGGAGCUACGGCUGGUGCGCGUGAUUCGGGUGAUGCGCGUGGCACGGAUUUUGCAACGGACGCGGUCCUUGAAGGAGUUACGGAAGUUGGUCUCUAUGAUGGCCACCUGCAUGAAGACUCUAGGUUGGUCGUUUAUAUUUUGCUUUGCCUUCAUGACCUUCUGGGCGAUGUUGAUGGUGGAAUUCGUCCAUCCUUUGGUGGUCCAGAUGCAGCAGGAGGCGGUACUUGACUGUCCAGAAUGCAUCAGGUCAACUUCUUCAAUCAUGGCAGCAAACCUGUUGCUGUUCAAGACAGUGAUUGCUGGCGACAGCUGGGGACACAUUGCCGUACCAGUGAUCGAGCACAGCCCGGCGACGGCCAUCAUCUUCUGCGGGUCGCUCAUGACGACGGUUUUCGGGGUCUUGAACCUGCUGAUUGCAGUAGUUGUUGACUCUUUUGCUGAAAGUCGCCAAAACGAUGUGCUGAAUCUGGCACAGGAGCUAGAGCGUGAGCACGAGAAGGAUAGGAAGUACAUGGAACGGAUCUUCAACCGCCUCGAUAUGACUCACUCGGGCGAUCUCACCUUGGAGGAUUUGGUGAAGGGUGCGCAGACCGACCCAGAGUUUCAGAGUAGACUGCGGGUGAUGGACAUCGACGAAGCGGAUUUGGAGCAACUAUUCAAGGGGACGACCAGAGGUGAGCGCUGGAAGGGUGCCGUGCAAUGUCCUGCAAAUCCCCUCAACCACCCUUCAUUCGUUGCAGGCUGCGCCCGAGUUUUGCGCGUUCGGGGCCCAUGUUGA